AUGUAUCCCCAACAUGGUGCCGCCAUGGCGCCUCCUCAGAAACCGGAGACGUUCAUGCUCUCCAACGAGGCUCAGCAAAGCCUGCCCCAUGAUGCGCAAGUCGCACUGCAGCAGGUCGACAAUCUGAAAUAUUUCCUUCUCUCGGCGCCUGUCGACUGGCAUACGGAUCAACUUAUCCGCAGAUUUCUGCUCCCGACCGGCGACUACAUCUCGUGUGUUCUCUGGAACAACCUUUUUCACAUCUCGGGUACCGAUAUCGUGAGAUGUUUGGCCUUUCGAUUCCAAGCCUUCGGCCGCCCCGUCAAGAACUCGAAGAAGUUCGAGGAGGGUAUCUUCUCGGACUUGCGAAACCUCAAGGCCGGAACUGAUGCCACCCUAGAAGAACCGAAAAGCCCAUUCCUCGACUUUCUCUACAAGAAUAACUGUAUUCGCACUCAGAAGAAGCAAAAGGUGUUCUACUGGUACAGCGUGCCCCACGAUCGCCUUUUCCUCGAUGCGUUGGAGCGUGAUUUGAAGCGGGAGAAGAUGGGCCAGGAGGCGACCACGGUGGCAGUCAGCGAGCCUGCUCUGUCUUUCGAGUUUGAUUCAUCGCAGUCAUUGUAUGAACAGCUCACUAAGGCGCAACAAGCGAAUUCAUCAUCGUUCGCUGCUCACGCAAGUACGACAUAUGGCCAACCUGCAUCCCCAGUGGUUCGGACCGUUGACGCUAUGCCUCCUCCUCAGAUGGCUCCCCAAAUGGCUCCCCCGGCGCUACCGCUUCUCCCGGACGAGUCCGGCAACCCGGCGAUGUACAAUCCGAUUCCCAUGCCUACGACUCUAGCCCAAAACGUUAUUAAGCGUGAAGCCGAUUACGGGCAGAUCCAGUACGAUCGCAAUGGAAUGCCGAUUGCUCGUAUCCACCAACGCCAUGCCUCAAUGCCAACCUUCGUCGAAUACUCCCCAGCUCCCUCCUUCGUGUCCUCGCAGUAUGAGGAUUAUUCCAACCGGGGUCUAUCGUUUGAACCAGUCACGCCCCCGCAACACGGUCACCUGGGCGCUGAGCCAGCCUACAUCGCUAACGAAGAUACCGGUCUUUACACUGCUAUCCCGGACAUCUCCGCAGCACCUUUCAACCCGAUGAUGCAGCUCCCUCCUUCCAAUUUCACAAGUGGUCAUUUCCCGACCCCGGCCAGAUCCUUCCCCUCCAAUGUCUAUUCCAUGCUAGAGGGUUCACCGACGUACAAGCAGCGUCGGCGUCGGUCUUCUAUCCCCCCGGGCGUCACCAGUGCCGCCGCAACCAUGCACCCGCAGGUAACAGGUCCACAACCACAGGCUGUCGCGUAUGCCGCUCACCGGCCAAGUGACCUUCGGCGGUCUGUAUCGAGCUCGGUGGCUCCGAUCCCGGAGGCGGAUGAUUCGCACCACGACCUUCAGCGUCCCGUCAAUGGAUACCGUGCAGCAGUUCUUCCCCAGAAGAAUUUGUUGCAUGAAAUGUCCCGCCACAGCACUCCCUUGUCGAGCUUGGAUGAGAAUCCUGAGCAGCAUGUCAUGCAUCCUACAAAUCCUCCGGAUGAACUCGCUCCUCUCCCCGACGGGGAGGCGCUUGACGUCCCUGCACAACACAGUGCGGGGAGCAAAGUUGAGCGAUAUGCCCCUGGACCUGUUCGCCGGGCCCGAAGCGCUACCAUGAUGGAACUCGGCCCUUAUCCACAAAAAUCUCACUCCUGUCCGAUCCCAUCGUGUGGGCGGUUGUUCAAGAGGUUAGAACACCUGAAACGGCAUGUGAGGACUCACACUCAAGAGCGACCUUAUCCUUGUCCCUACUGCAACAAGGCAUUUUCACGGUCGGAUAACCUUGCACAACACCGUCGUAUUCACGAGGCGCAACAAGAUGGCCAGCCACCAGUCUCCGUGCCAGAUGAUGACCUGGAAAAUGAGGAGAGCGGAUUCGGUUCCCAAGACGAGGGAUCCUCGCCGUCCGACUCGAUGUCCAGUGCCAUCAUCCCUAGCGUGACUACAAUGCCAUCUGCAAUGACCUUACCGACUGCUAUGCCCACCAUGAUGGCACCUCAUAUGAUCGCCCCUCAGCUCUUGCAACAGCACAUCUGA